AUGGACUAUUCCAGUAUUAUUUCUAAGCCCAAGUCGUUCUUUGGUGGACAGAAAGUCUGGAUGGCUCGCGGCGAGGACCUUGCCCUUUUCAACACGCAUCGGCCCAAUAUCCAGAACCUCCUGAGACAUUCCUGUAUUCCCGAGUCUAGCCAUAAUCUCUGGAUCGGUCUUUAUCGAGUUGGGGCUACGGAGGAUGAAGCAAAGACAUUCGUCGUUGUUUCAUGCACCGAUCGCAGAAUCAGAAAGCUUACUCGUGAUUUCCUAAGCAGCUGUCCUAUCUUCCAGCCAGGUCAAGCCCUCGACCGAUUCAAAGUCGUCAAUAAAGCAACUCUUCCCGAGACAGCUUGCGAGCCUCGGCAGACUAUGCAAGACGAACAGGACUCGGAAAAUGAACCGGGAUUGUGGAAUGGAGACAAGGGUAAGAACAUUGCUAGGGGCGAAUACAAGACUAUUCGCAUAUCCCCACCCAUCACAGGAGAUAGUUAUCUGUGUCGCCAAGUACAAGCACGCCAUGUAUCUGGCAAAGGAGAGGUGGGAUAUCAAACAGCCACGGCAGGACCGCUGAUCAACGUCCAUUGCCGCACCUAUCAGCUCACUGUGGCGCACGUUGUCAACUUUGAGACGAAAGAUAUUCACGAUACCAAUGAGAGCGCAAUAUGUUCCGUAAAUAAAGAUAUUGCCUCUUGGGAUAUCUCAGCCAGCCGAAACAGUACUUCAGACGCCUCUGAUAAUGGCAUUCCCUCUUCUUUAUCAAGCGACUCAGCAUUUAAAGUUGCUACUCAACGAGAGGGAAGUGGUGCAGCCAUCACAAAAGCAACUUUCAUCGAUGAAGAACCCAUAGACGAGUCAGUUCACCCGCCUUCUUCGACACAUCCCCAUCAUUCAGAACUUCCAGUCCUUGAAGAAUUCCUCAUUGAUCAUGCCUCACCGUAUUUGCGCUUUGCACCCGAACCAGAGAAUUGCCAAAUCUCCACGGAAAUGGAUUAUCUUCUCAUUCCUGCGAGCACAGAUCUCCGGCCAGUGAGCUCUACGUCCAAGGGUGCAGAACUAGUACAGAUAUCUGAUGCCUUCGACUUACAAUACGAAACGGAGGCUCGUUCUAUUAUAAUUGCCACAGCCUCACUCGGGUACGUUGAAGGCGUGGUUUUUCCGGCAUCGUCAUUGCUACGACCUCUGGGCUCAAAGAACUUUCAAACAUUAUAUUGCAUCGAGUCUCACAACUCUAUGCCCAAGGGAACUUCUGGCUCAGCCGUUUUCGACAGGGAAACUGGGCUGCUUGCUGGAUAUAUCGUGUUAGGAUGUCCUGAACAGAACAUCUGGUAUAUGAUUCCCAUCUUGAGCGUGUUGCAUGAUCUGGAGGUCAGAUUUGGUCAGAUAGGAAACUGCCAGAUACAAAUCAAUGUUGCUGCGGCUGUGGUGUCAAAUUUGGUUGACAUGGUAACCGCAAACAUUAAGGAGCUCCCCCAAAUUAGCCUCUUAGGUGGUACUGCUAUACAGCGCGAUCAAGAGUCUCCUAAACAGAGGGUCUCAAAAUCACCAAAAGCAACUCAGUGGAGAAGAAUCAACGGGGCCAUUACAAGCAUCCUCAAGGGUUUUCAACCCGAAGAUUCAGUCCCCCUUGACCACUGGAGUCUUCUGUUUGGUCAGAAAGCCCGUUCCACAAAUAACGACAGACUACUCCUUGAACCUGCCAUCUCAUAA